AUGUCGGCGCGGCGGCGGCGGAGGGCAGCCACAGAGCCGGAGGAGGAAGAGGAGGAGGAGGAGGAGGCGGGUAGCGACAAGGAAGUGGAUUUGGAAGAAAGACUUCAUGAGUUGGACCUUAGAAGUGAUUCAGAUAUUCCUGAUGUUCCUCCACCAACAGACAGCACUCCAGAAAUCCUCAAGAGGGCUUUGUCAGGCUUAUCUGCCAGGUGGAAAAAUUGGUGGAUUCGUGGAAUUCUCUCCCUAGCUAUGAUUUCUGGUUUUUUUCUGAUUAUAUAUCUGGGAUCAUUUAUGCUGAUGCUUCUGGUCUUAAGCAUUCAAGUGAAGUGUUAUCAUGAAAUCAUUACUAUUGGUUACAGAGUCUACCACUCGUAUGAUUUACCAUGGUUUAGAUCCCUCAGCUGGUACUUUUUGCUCUGUGUGAACUACUUCUUUUAUGGAGAGACCGUAGCUGAUUACUUUGCUACAUUUGUGCAAAGAAGAGAACAGCUGCAAUUCCUCAUUCGUUACCACAGAUUUAUAUCUUUUGCCCUCUAUUUAACAGGAUUCUGCAUGUUUGUUUUGAGUUUAGUGAAGAAACAUUAUCGUCUGCAGUUUUACAUGUUCGCAUGGACUCAUGUCACUUUGCUGAUCACUGUAACUCAAUCUCAUCUUGUCAUCCAAAAUCUCUUUGAAGGCAUGAUCUGGUUUCUGGUUCCAAUUUCAAGUGUUAUCUGCAAUGACAUUACCGCUUAUAUUUUUGGAUUCUUCUUUGGCAGAACUCCAUUAAUUAAGCUGUCUCCCAAGAAGACCUGGGAGGGGUUCAUUGGAGGCUUCUUUUCCACUGUUGUAUUUGGAUUUAUUUUUUCCUAUUUUUUGGCUCAACAUCAGUACUUUGUCUGCCCUGUGGAAUACAACAGUGAAACCAACAGAUUUGUGACAGAGUGUGAACCUUCAGAGCUCUUCCAAAUGAAGAAGUACUCUGUGCCACCACUGCUUCAGGCUGUGUUGGGAUGGGAAACGGUGAAUAUGUACCCAUUUCAGAUGCACAGCUUUGCACUGUCAACAUUUGCCUCAUUAAUUGGGCCAUUUGGAGGAUUCUUUGCCAGUGGAUUUAAAAGAGCUUUCAAAAUCAAGGAUUUUGCAGACACAAUCCCUGGGCAUGGUGGGAUAAUGGAUCGCUUUGAUUGUCAGUACUUGAUGGCCACUUUUGUUCAUGUCUAUAUCACCAGUUUCAUAAGGGGUCCAAAUCCCAGCAAAUUACUGAAACAGCUGUUGAUACUUCAGCCUGAACAACAAUUAAGUGUGUAUAAAACCCUGAAAUCUCACCUCGUUGAAAAAGGGAUCUUGCAGCCAUCUCUAAGAGGGUAGUUUGUCAAAACAGAGGACCAGAAGAAAACUCCAUCCACCAGAAGCCUGUGGAAAAACAUUGCAAAAGUGCACAUAAAUAAUGGCUAAAGGAAGAGUAGUUUGUAGUCUGGAAAAGGUGAAUGUUUCCUGAAAUGAAUGUGAAUGCUAUUACUUCCUACUAGGACACUAAAGAUUUCUUCCUCCUAAAAUAAUUCAAAUGCUUACAAAGUAAUGGUACACAUGCUGUGCGUUUUAGUUCCCGAGAUGGAUGGCAGCAGUUGUUCUUCAGCACCCAGCCUACCAGUCUUUGUAUUUAAGAAAAAAAUUAUGAAAUUCACUGUAAGUUUUUAAUGAAUUAUUUAAAGCUGUAUAUCUUAGCAAUACCUUCUUGGUCUCCAAUGGUCAAUGAAGUGUAAGCACAUCAGGGCAGCAGUAGCUUCUGUAUAGGCUGAUGCUGAAAUUACUAUUGGCCAGAAAACACUUGUUAGCCUGGUCGAAGAAGUAGUUCAAGCCUGCUGUAUCCGACUACCUGUAUUUACUUAGUUGUUAUGAAGAUUAAACUUAGCUCUGUUUUUAAUUUAACGGCUUUCUUAUGAAACCAUUUCAUGCUUUCAAGGGAAAAGUACAUUUAUGGAAAUACAGCUGGGCAUUGAAAUACAGUUGGGCAGUUUGGACUGUGGAGCUGCUUUUUGUUGUUGUUGUUAACAUUACACAUCAUAAACAAGUGUGUACCUCCAGGAGCAGAGAUUACCUGAGAAAACAGAAUUCUCCAGCCCAAUAAACAGAUCAGGGAGAAUCUGAAGCUUAAGUCCCUAGUUUCCAUGGCCAGGUCAGUGUCUGAAGACAGCAAUUCAAGCCUUAUUCCUUGUGCCUCCUAACUGCUUUGUAGAACCAGAGUAUUUCCUUCUUUUUAAAAGCACUUUGAGGUCCUGACUAAAAAGUGAGGUUUAAGUGGUGUGUAUCAGUGUGUUACUCAGUGAAGGCAGAAACUUUUAUCUCAUGAAUGUGCACAGUGCAAGGCAGGAUGCAUGGUUCUUCUGCUGUGUAUCAUUAUUUAUUAAGAAGAUCCUCAAGCAAGCUUGGGUAACCACAGAGGGUUUGAAUGGAGAAUUUUUAUAGAAAGCAACUAUUCUGUAGACUUAGUGGGAUAUAUGAGGAGAAUUAAUGCUCCAUUAUUCUAAAUCCUAGUUAUUUUACAACUUUUUUCAUCAUGUAACAUGUCUUGAUGCAAAUAAAAAUAUGAACAUUUUUUGAAAUUACAAAAAUUACUACUGUACAAACAGAAAGCACAAAUGCCAAUUUUGUCUUCAUAUACUGUAAAUUGAUACUAUUUCA